CACAGUCCCGCUUAAAAGCUUCAGUGCAACUAGCCUGCGUAGACUGCCUCCUGUGGGAAAUUAGUGACUUUUACACCUCCGACACAGUUUACAGUAAGAUAUAUCUAUAUCUAUAUUCAGGCUGCCUUUUCAAGUAACCAAGAAACCUCCUCAAAGAUGGGAAGCUACCACAAACCCGACGAGAAAACACUUCAAGGCCUGAAAGAUCUCGCUAAUAAGCUAAGGAUUCACUCAAUCAAGGCAACAUGCGCCUCAAAUUCCGGGCACCCCAGCUCUUGCUGCAGCGCCGCUGAGCUCAUGUCUGUGCUGUUCUUCCACACCAUGCGCUACAAAGCUGAUGACCCCCGCCACGCCUGCAACGACCGCUUCGUCCUGUCUAAGGGUCAUGCCGCCCCAGUCCUCUAUGCAGCUUGGGUUGAGGCGGGCUAUGUGAAGGAGGAGGAUCUGCUCAACUUGCGCAAGAUCGACUGCCCCCUAGAGGGCCAUCCCACACCAAAAUUGGCUUUUGUGGAUGUGGCCACUGGCUCGUUAGGGCAGGGUCUGGGAGCUGCAUGUGGGAUGGCCUACACAGGAAAGUACUUUGACAAGUCCAGCUACCGUGUGUACUGCCUGCUGGGAGAUGGGGAGUGCUCAGAGGGCUCUGUGUGGGAGGCCAUGGCUUUUGCUUCCCACUACAGCCUGAACAACUUGGUGGCCAUCCUGGAUGUAAACCGCCUGGGUCAGAGUGAGGCCGCCCCACUCAAGCACAACGUGCACGCCUACCAAGAGCGCUGCAAGGCUUUCGGUUGGAAUGCUUGCGUGGUGGAUGGCCAUGAUGUGGAAGCAUUGUGCAGGGCUCUAUGGGAUGCAGAGCAAUUCAAAGAGAAGCCCACCGUCAUUGUGGCCAAAACCUUUAAGGGCAGAGGUCUUGAAGGCAUCGAGGAUAAGGAUGGCUGGCAUGGCAAACCCAUACCUAAGGAUCGUGUGGGUGAGCUGCUUGACAAGCUCCAGAGCAAGAACCAAGGUCCUGAAAAACCCUUCCACCCCAAGUUACCCUCUGAGGACGCAGCUCCUGUUGACCACACCCCCAUCCUCCUGCUCACACCACCCGAGUAUAAGAUUGGUGACAAGAUUUCUACCAGGAAGGCCUAUGGUGUGGCCCUAAAGAGAAUGGGGGAUGCCAGUCAGCGUAUUGUGGCACUGGAUGGAGAUACCAAAAACUCCACCUUCUCUGACAUUUUCAAGAAAGCCCAUCCAGAUCGUUAUAUUGAGUGCUUUAUUGCUGAGCAGAACAUGGUAAGCGUUGCGAUUGGCUGUGCCACACGUGACCGCACCAUCCCCUUUGCAAGCACGUUUGCAGCUUUCUUAUCCCGAGCCUACGACCACAUCCGCAUGGCAGCCAUUUCUCAAUCCAAUGUAAACCUGGUAGGAUCCCACUGUGGUGUCUCUAUCGGUGAGGAUGGUCCCUCUCAGAUGGCUCUGGAGGACCUUGCAAUGUUCCGUGCUAUUCCGACAUGCACAGUGUUCUACCCCAGUGAUGGUGUGUCCACUGAGAGGGCCGUGGAGUUGGCAGCCAAUACAAAGGGUGUCUGUUUCAUCCGCACCAGCCGGCCAGACACGGCAGUCAUCUAUGACUCUGGAGAGAAAUUUGAAAUCGGCAAGGCAAAGGUGCUGCGGCAGUCUGAUAAUGAUCAGGUGACUGUAAUUGGUGCUGGAGUAACCCUUCAUGAAGCCCUCACUGCAUGUGACCAGCUGGCCAAAGAAGGUGUGAACAUCCGUGUGAUCGACCCAUUCACCAUUAAGCCCCUGGAUGCUGCCACAAUCGUGGUAUGUGCUCGAGCCACAGGGGGCAGAGUGAUCACAGUAGAGGAUCAUUACAAAGAGGGUGGCCUGGGAGAGGCCGUUCUGGCAGCUGUGGGUGAGGAGCCUGGUAUCGUGGUCCAUCAGCUGGCUGUGAGCCAGGUGCCCCGCAGUGGCAAACCCCAGGAGCUGCUAGACAUGUUUGGCAUCAGCGCCAAAUCUAUUGUGGCUGCCGUCAGACGCACUUUCGCUAACUAAAGCCAGCUAAUCCCAAUCGCCAUUAGCUUCCUUCAGUCUGAAUACCCACAUCUUGAUUGUUUCUGGUCUUAACACCCAUGUAGUAUGCUGCAAUUAAUAACUCUUCACUUGGUUUGGGUUUUUUGCCGCCUUGAGACUUCACAUGCAUAAGAUAUUGAUGAGCUAUUUGACGAGCUAAACUACUUCAUUCACUGAAUCAAUCGCUUAUUUCAUUUGUGAAAUUACUGCAGUGCAUAUAAUCCCUCAAUUCCGAUGUCACUGGCAUUCCAGUUCUAGCCAUUCCUUUUGCCUUUUGUCCCACCUGUUCUGUUUGUUACACUUGACAAUGGACAAAGGCAACAUGACAAUUACAAUAGCUAUUCCUAAAAUAUGCCUGACUGGGGUAGAGGGCUAUAAUCCUGUCUUUGCUUAAGCAGCAGAGUAAUGCACUUACUUGGAUAGCAUCUGAUUGUGAGCUCUAGGAUGGUUUUGUACACGUCCUGUUACUGAAAUUCCCGGUUGUUGCUUGUGUGAACUUGUUUUAGUUUGCAUUGCUGUUAAUAUACUGUAAUAAAAAUCAAUUGUUCACUCU